UUACCUGAUGGAUUACAAACUGCUUUAAUCUGCCAUGUUGAUAUAAUCUGCUGAAGUAUAAAUACAGCAAGUUUUGUUGGAACCACAACAUUGUCACACCGGCUAGGCAACAACAUGCGUAUCCUUGCUUUGGUAGCUCUCUGCUUCGCGGCUGUCGCAGCUGUCCCCAGCAAUCCCCAGAGGAUUGUGGGUGGUUCGGUCACUACUAUCGACCAAUACCCUACCAUCGCGGCUCUGCUGUACUCAUGGAACUUGAGCACCUACUGGCAGGCUUGCGGAGGUACCAUCCUCAACAACAGGGCUAUCCUCACCGCUGCUCACUGCACUGCUGGUGACGCCAACAACAGAUGGCGUAUCCGUCUUGGCUCCACCUGGGCCAACAGCGGUGGUGUUGUCCACAACCUGAACGCCAACAUCGUCCACCCCUCAUACAACUCAAGGACCAUGGACAAUGACAUCGCCGUCCUCCGCUCCGCCACCACCUUCUCCUUCAACAACCAAGUUCGCGCUGCUUCCAUCGCUGGUGCCAACUACAACCUCGCUGACAACCAGGCUGUCUGGGCCGCUGGCUGGGGCACAACCUCUUCCGGUGGUUCUUCGUCUGAGCAGCUCCGUCACGUUCAGCUCGUGACCAUCAACCAGAACACCUGCAGAAACAACUACGCUACCCGUGGUAUCGCUAUCACCGACAACAUGUUGUGCUCCGGCUGGCCCAACGGUGGUCGUGACCAGUGCCAGGGUGACUCCGGCGGUCCUCUCUACCACAACGGUAUCGUUGUUGGUGUCUGCUCCUUCGGUAUUGGUUGCGCUCAGGCUGCCUUCCCCGGUGUCAAUGCUCGCGUAUCUCGCUACACUUCCUGGAUUUCAUCUAACGCGUAAAAAGGGAUUCCAAUCUCAUUAAAAAGUGUUAAGAUGACAUUUUGUAAAAAAUAAAAUUAAGCAAUUAAUUUAAA